AAUUGGCUGGAGCAGGGCGGCAGGGUGCGGCAGCCAAUCAGCGCGCGGCUUCUAUAGGGCUUGAGUUAUUAGACGCUGCUCUCAAAACAUCCUUCAUCAGACACCAAGGAGAGGCCAACAGAUGAGGGGAGCCAUUUUUCUGCAAUGGAAUUAAAUGGCCAAGUGGGUUUUUCCUUUGUUGCAAAUGGGGAAUGUUUUUCCUUUGACUCCACCAUCCAGUUCAGGACGCCUCAGUGUUGUGUUUAACAUUUGUCAACAGGCUAAAGGACUCACAAUUGGAAGAAUGAAGAAGACUUUUUAAAAAGAUCUGGAUUUUUCCUUAUGACUUGGAAUCCAUCUUUGUCUUGUAUAACUAGGUCAUAGCACACCAUUAAUGUCAGCAGUUAACAAUUUUGAAUUCCAAAAAACCUAAGUAAACGACAUAUUUAAUUUUUUUCCUCUUUUUUUUUUUCUUGGGUGGGUGGGGGGAGCUUGGAGCUGUCUUAAUCUGUAUUCUCUUGACUGAACAAUAAAUUUUUAUAUAUAUAUAGUUUCCUCUAUUAAACACUUAAACCUGGCCAUCUUAUUAACUCCUUCUGCUCUCUUUUUAACAAGGUAAUGUUUUAAAUGUAUAGUUUUAGGACUAGCGAAAUGGCAGCAACAAAAAAUUGUAAGCAGUCGUUACUCUUUUAAGUUUUUUAAAAACCUUUUACAUUGUAAGUACCCAGUCCAUUCUGUCCUUACGCAGUGCAGUUUUCAUUGUUAAUGUUGCUGAGAUGUCCUUAAUUUUCUGAACCUUCAUCUGCAUGUAUGUCUUUGUCGCUCUUGUCUAACAUAAAACAGUUAAAAUGCUUUUAGACGAUUUUGCUUUUAUACAGCUAGGGUUUUAGCUUUAAGCUUUUGAAAAUGUUUAUAGCAAUAAAUGCUAGUCAGCUUUCUUCCCAGUAACAUGUACACUUUCUUUGAAAAUCUAUCUAUUUGAAGAAAAACAUCUCUGUUUUUCUCGUCUUGGUAGGGGGGUGGGUGAGGGAAAGGAAGACCUCUUUGUGUAAAGAGACUAAAGCCGUCACAGGAAACUAGAUUAAAACUGGAAAACAAGUCCUAGCUGGUUCGAGCCAAACACCAUCGUUAACUCGGGGGUAUUUUCUAUGGUGGUUGGGAUGGCCGGUGCGUCUUUUGCCUUUUGUUUGAUUUGACUGUGUAUUUUCGCCUUUUGUCUCUUAAUGACGGUCACACCAUUGCUAUAUCCAGAGCAGUAAACAGUCCUCAGCGAAGCCGCCUUUUGCCAACCCAACCCUGGAAAAUUUGCAGAAGUGGAAGGAGCUGAAAAUGCCAUGAGAGUGUAACUUUAAAAAGGAUCAUGACCGGAGAAGGGGCCCGGUACCCCCAGAGUGGACCGUCCUCCUUUGGACAGAAGCAGGCCUAGUUUGACAGUCCUCCCACUAAGGUAGGUGUGAGCCCUUUCCCAGCCUGCGAGAGAUAUUUGGGGGGCUUUGGCCUGGACCCCAGGGAGGGCGGGCACCCCAAACCUGCUAGUCUGGUUCUGCAGCCCUUCCCCCCCACAGAUGUGUGGGACUGAAAUCGGCUGCCUGCUGGGCCUGCUUGGUCCAUCCAUCCCCGCCUGUCAGCUUCCGUUGUCAGGAGUUUGGGGCGUGCAAUUCUUUGCCAUAUUUAGGAGCAUAGGAGAGGCUGCACUUGCAUGUAUUAGGUUGGCCCAAAAGUUAGUUCGGGUCUUUCCGUAACAUCCUACAAAAGCCCGAACGAACUUUUUGGCCAACCCAAUAUUUCCCAGUUGUGUGGUGGGUGGAGUGCCCUGGAUGCCUCUUCUGAAAGACACAGGCAGCUGCCAGGAAACCGGGCCCGGCCCUGGCCCUCCCUUCCGGCCUCCGCUGGGGGCGUGUGGGGUGACUGUGUGAGCUGGCCUCUUCCCCUCUGAUGUCUGGCUGCUAGGGAGGUGAAGAACAGAAAGACCUGAGAUCUGGGCCAGCUUUCUUUAAGAAAGAGGUUUCUUGACUCUUCCCCUUCCAGGGAAUUCCCACGAUUCCACCUCACCCAGGCCCCCCCCCACCAAAAAAAAAAAGAAAAGAAAAAGAAAAAGCCCUGUUUGUAGAACGGGAGAAACCCGGAUUUGAAACCUGGCUAGCCAUUUCACCUGCUGGGACCUUGCGUAAGCAGCACAGAUCCUCAGCCCCAGUUUCACCAUCUACACAGAUGGGUCAGUGAUUGUCAAAGUUGAGUGUGCAGCCGAAUCACACGGGUGGCUCAUUAGAAUCGACUCCGAGGCCCGGUCCUUGAGUUUCUCAUUCAGUAGGUGGGGCCUGAGAGCUUGCAUUUCUAACAAGUUCCCAGGUGAUGCUGAUGCUGCCUUGUGGAGACAUUUUGAGAACCUUUGGGCCAGGUAACACCUGGGGUGUUGUGAGGAUCCAAGCAUGUGCUCUUGGAACCCCGAACUAUUUCUUGGUGCGGAGGUGUCGCUUCGUAGAGAUGGCAGCUCUCUCCUUAUUCUCCUUACGCAAGCUGACAGCAUGCAGUUUCCCAUUCUCUUUAUCUCCAGGAAGCUCCGCAGCUGGAGACAGUGCGGCCCUUGAUCUCUGACCCCUCUCCCACGUGAUCUUUAGUUUGUGAUUACUUUGAUGAGCCAUUUGGGUCCAGGUGCUGCUGAUUGCGCCGCCUCCCCCGUUCGGGCCGAGGCUUGACUUCCGGGUCUAAUAGGCUCUGCUCACUUUUAUCCCAUCCUUCAGUUUGGGGGCUGGAGUGAGGACUGGGGGAGCCGUAGGGCUUGACCCAGAGGUUUUGUUGGGAACGUGUUGGUGCUUAAUCGAGGGAGGCUCUAAGGCAGGCAGCUGUGGGUUUGACUCUCCCCUGUGCUGGUUGACCUUGGGCGAGUCUCCUGUGUAAAGUGAUGAUAAUGAACCCUGCAGUAAAGGGUGGAGGGCGGAUUAAGUGCGAUUAAGGGGGCCGGCCUCACAGGCUUCACACCAGUUGGCCCCCCUUCGGAGGUGGCUGCGGGGGGUGGGGCUGGGCUGUCCGAGAGCUCCUCCCCCACCAGCCCACCUCGUAGCACGUGGCACAGCCUCAGGGCAAAGGGGAAGGCUGACCUUCUGCAGGCUGGGAGCCAGCUCCAUUUUUACUCCAGUGUGUGAGUUGGGAUGGUGGCUUUUCCUCAAGUCCACAGGCUGUUGUUCCAUGAUGGGUCAUGGUUUGGGGGGUUCCCCCCACCCGGAGAGUAACGUGACUCACCCAAGGUCAGGAGGUCACCACCGGCAGUCAGGAUGAGAUUCCAGGUGUCUUCCAGCCCAGCACCUGUGUGCAUGGCACCCCCUCGCCCCAGCUGCUGGGUUAUUCUGGGCUCCUGCCAGUGCUAGCUGUCUGCUGGCGUCACCGCCUGGGAGCUGGGAAAGCUAUUUGGUUGAAAGUAACCAGCGUGGUACUCUUAGGUCCUUCUGGCUGCCAUGCCUUGGCGCCAUGAGGGUCUCCAGAUAAGCUGGAUUUGGUCCAUGCUGUCUUUUGCUGGGGGGCAAGGGGUGCAGCCGACCACACCUGGCACCAGACUCCCUUCCCCCUACCCAGGGUGAGCACUUUGUAAAAGUUGGCGAGGCUCACAUUAUUAGUAUCAUACGAGCCUUUCCCUCCUUCCACAGUCUGCCCCAAUCCGGCGGUUUAAAUUCGGCUCUGCCAUUGAUGAGUUCAUUCAACUCCCUGGAUUCUCAGGUGACCUUUCUGCCCCCUGAGGGUGUCCUGCAUCCCUUCUGAUAGAGCCCUUGGGGCUCCACGGGGCUGGGGUCUUUAUCUCCCGUGGGCGUUGGAUAGUUAAAUAAUUGAUUUAAACCUCUCCCUCCCAGCAGCAGCUUGGAGGGUUACAGCCAGUUCCUCCACUCCCGCCCUCGGACCAAUUAGGGAACAAUGAGGCGCUCCAUUGUGGUCCGGGUGUGAUUCUUGGAAGGGAGAGGGGUCCCGAUGACCUGGAAGGAUCGUACCCCUCCCCGCUUCCUUUUUUCACCCCCUCUUUCUAAUUUCUUUGUCUGGCACGCCAGUACCUCCUAGGUGAAGGGAGGGGCGGGGCAGCCUAUCAGUCCUCAGACUGGUUCCUCUGCCGAGAGCGUGGCUCCACCCACCGGUCGCCCAGCAAGCUCGGGGCGGGGCUGCUCCUGGCGCCCAGCCGGUGGAGCCUGCCUGGAGAGGGCCACGCCAGCGGAAGGGCGGCCGGAGGUGGCCGGACCUGCCUUCCUACUGGACGCCAGGGGCCCGCCCCUUCCGGCCCGUUGGGCGAGAGCCGAGGCGUGGAGUACGACCUUUUGGACCCCCUGGGUGGAAACUGAACCUCUGCCUGGACUGUGGAGAUGGGCACCCUGCCAUCUCAGAGGCCGCCUGGGUCCAGUGCUGUCUCCAUCUGGCCAGUGACCUCGAUGAGUUCCUACUCCUCCAGGAGUCGUGGUCUCUCCUGUGAAUCAGGAGGAGGAGGUUGGCAGAUAACCUUUGACCUGUCUCUGAGUCUGGCUUUGUGGAGGUAGCUCUUUGUACUCUGGUGGUGACUCCCCUGAGCCCACCACCACAUGUUGAGCCUGGAGAGAGUCCUGGGACAGGGAUAGACAGCCUUGAUCCCCCAGGCUGCGCUGGGCCACCUCCCAUCCCUGGGGCCCCAGAGGAUGGUCAGUUACUUCUGUCUCACGUGGGGUGGAUGACCCCUCAGGUGUGUAGUGACCUCCCAGAGUAUGCUGAGGCACCAGGGAAGUGGAAGCCAUUAGCAUUGUCGUUAAUGUCCCCGUCCUGACCUGUGCUGGCCAGACCUUGCCCUGACAAGACAGAAGUGGAUCUGGCCCUACUUCUCUCUUGUGGUCAGUUGGCCUCACUAGAUCCCAGGCCUAGAUGUGAGCACAAAUCAGUUCACCCCCGCAGAUGCCACCUGCCAGCUCCCCUAGGCUUCUGUGUCUCGACAGCUUUGUGGCAAGAACCAGUUUAAAGAAUUUUUUCUUACCCUUCUAAAUCUCUCCAGGAAUUCCUGGUGAAUAGAAGAAUGGCAUGGGUCCUCGGAACAUUUUGCAGGUAAGGGAGUAGGGCUCCCCGGGCCCGUGGGUGUUCCCAGUGCCUCAGCUGGCCUGCCCUGGCACAGCACCUCUAAGGAAGCUCCGAGCAGCUGGCCUGGCUGCCGGGUAUUUUUAGCUACAGAUCCAGCCCCUACACCACCACUGGAGCCAGGUCCAAAUCAAACACGCUCCAGGCAGGGUGGGGCUGGGGCUCUGUGCCAGCCUCUCAGCCAGGCAGGGGUGGGUGGGCAGGCUGGGGCCAGUGUCAGCUGUCCUGCCUGGACCUGGGCCGGCCUGGGAAGACCUGCUUUCAUGUAAGUCAUUUUUUCUGUUAUAAGUUGAAAUCCAUUAGUUAGACAGAAAAGGUGGAAACCGAGGUCUGAGGAUUUUGAGGAAAAGUUAAGUGCCCUCUCCCUACGGGCUGGAGCAGUUCCCACAGUUUGCUCAGAAUGGGCAAACUCUAAGUGAGUUCUCUCAAGGCCCUUCCCAGAUGAGGUAGUCUUACUCUCCCAGUCACUCCCUGAGCUUCAGGGUAUCUGAUGUGAGGUCAGGCCUGUGCCUGGCUCAAAGGUAAGUGGUCCUCCCCUCCCUCAAAGCCCUCUUCCAUCCUCCCUCUCCCUGAGUGAUGGCUUCCUCCCCCUCCUCUUCUGCCAGCCCCAGGCUGCCACUGUGUAGAGAUGGCCCCAGCUCUGUCCUCACCAGCCAAUCACAGCUCUCCCCUGGUCACCGGAAAGAGCUUUCGCUGGGCUCCUCUGUUCAGAGCCUCUGUCUGACACCCAUCUUGAGCCUGAUAGCCAGGCCCCUGUGAUCUAACCCUCAUCACCUUGACAACCAUGUCUGGUCUCCCUACUCAUGCCCCAGCCACUGCCAAACCUGAUGGGGUUUCCAGCCACCAUGCAUUUACUCAGGCUGGGUACCCAUCCUACUUCCUCUGGCCCUUCCUGCCAGCACUGCCAAGCUUAGUUCAUGUGUUGCCCAGCUCUCAACUUCCUCUGAACCCCACGGGGGCUCCGGUGUCUGAAUUGUUCUCGUCUCGCAGACUCCUUUAGACUGCUUCCCCCAGGACUGAGUUCCUCAAAGGCAGGAACACAAUUGCCUCUCAAUAAACGUGUGCUGCAAAGAAGGAAUGAAUGAAUUGCUGUAUAUUUGUCUAGGGGUGCUUGACCCAGCAGAUGCCCUCUGGCCCGGUGACAGAGUAGGGCUUUCCGCUUAAGAACCUGGAGCUGGGUCUUCUCUUCCCAGCUCUGGGCUCUUUGGGGGCUUCCUGGGGCAGUCUCUGCUGCCAUCUGGUGGUCAGAUUAUGCCUUGCAUUCUCUGAAAACGUUGACCUGGCAUUUAUGGUGCCAGGUUGACGAUUUCCUUUCCGAAGUAAAAUUUACCUGAUCCUUGCUGAGUACCUGAAAGUGGGGAAUCUUCUGGGUGGGAUGAGGGCAAGAAGAUCCUGAAUCCUGCCAGCCCUUCUCUGAGGAAACUGUCAGAUGUCCUACCCCAGCUGGGAAAGAUUCUGCUCUCUCACCUAGCCAUGUCCCAGUGCCUGCCUGGUACAUGCUUGAUCCUGGGGGUCCCUCUGCCACUCCUGACCACUGGCCUGGUUUGUGCAAAAGACAGUCCAAGGGAGGGAAGGGGUGGGAGGCAGGGGUGGUUUUGCCCAGACGCCCUGAUAGUACCUGGCCAGAGUGAAUGCUCGGUAAAUAGCAGUUUGGGUCCGGGGGUUGAGGAGAAAGCUUGGGAUGAAGGAUAUGUGGCUGCUGGCUGGAGAACACAAAUUUCUUGGUGGGAGCAGGGUUAUCAGUCUCCAAAGUGGACGGAAGGGGGCCCAGCUGAUCUCAACUAGAUUUACCUUGACCUUCCCCUUCCCCUUCUCGACGGCGUCUUGCUUGGUUCCCACGCCUCUGGGCCUUGCUAGAAAGAGGUUCCCGCCCGCUUGGUUUGGGGCCAACCCUCGAAAGGGUUCUGGGGCCACUCACCUGUUACCAAAGUUGCCGCGCCGAGGCCAUCGCCCGGCAGAGGGCGCCAGACCUCCACCUUUGGGAGGUAGGGUGAUAGGUAAGCGGAACCGCUAUUCCCCAACCCACACACAGGCUCACUCCCAUAGGGCCAGACCACGUGGGCAGACAGGACCCCUAUGCCAGGAUCUUUCUUGGAACCACCGACGCUACCUUCUGGGGGAAAACAGGGCGCCGCCGCCAGUGCUGCCUGCUCCCGGCUAUGGACAACCCUGGGGCCCCAGCCCCGACUGCCGCCCCGGGCCCGGGCAAGAAGCAGCUGAAAAUCGUGGUUGUGGGCGACGGCGGCUGCGGCAAGAGUUCGCUGCUCAUGGUGUACAGCCAGGGGUCCUUCCCCGAGCACUACGCCCCAUCCGUGUUCGAGAAGUACACGGCCAGCGUGACCGUGGGCAGCAAGGAGGUGACCCUGAACUUAUACGACACCGCCGGGCAGGAAGAUUAUGACCGGCUGCGGCCCCUGUCCUACCAGAACACCCAGCUCGUGCUCAUCUGCUAUGACGUCAUGAACCCCACCAGCUAUGACAACGUUCUCAUCAAGUGGUUCCCGGAGGUCACCCACUUCUGCCGUGGGAUCCCUAUCUUGCUCGUUGGCUGCAAGACAGACCUGAGGAAAGACAAGGAGCAGCUGCGCAAGCUCCGGGCGGCCCAGCUGGAGCCCAUCACCUACACGCAGGGCCAGAGCGCCUGCGAGCAGAUCCAAGCUGCCCUCUACCUGGAAUGUUCUGCCAAGUUUCGGGAGAACGUGGAGGACGUCUUCCGAGAGGCCGCCAAAGUUGCCCUCAGUGCUCUGAAGAAAGCGCAGCGGCAGAAACAACACCGUCUGUGCCUGCUGCUUUGACACCUCCCGGCGGGGCCCACGGCCCUCACGGUAGAACUGAGAGGACCCAGGUCCCCAGCUCCAGACUACUCCCCGGAUCCUGCACCCUCCCCAGCUCUCGAAGGGCACUCGGAGUCGGGCGUCUCCAGGGCCUGGUGUCUGGAGCCUGUGGCCAGGCUCUUGGAACAUUCUGGAACUCUCUCCUUUCCCAGCUGGGGCUCUGACCACGAGCUCCCCUCCAGCCUGCAUGGUGGUGGUGAGCGAGGGUGCUGGACUCAGUCCCUCUGUACCCUGGAACUAGCAUUUGUCCCCAGGACUCAGGAGUGCCCUCAUCACUACCAACCCCCAGCUGUGUGUCCCCUUCUGCACACCCAAUAGGUCCUCAAAGCCUGUGCUUGAGAUGAGAAAUGACGUCUGGUAUGAGGAUAAAUGUGGACUUGGCAGCGUUCCACACGGCCCCCAAGCCUGCUCUCCCCAGUCACCCGCCUCCCUGGUUUCCUGAGAUAGGCACGGCUGCAUCCUCCAGCUUCUUGCUUCCUCCCCGCAGGAACUCAGGCACCAGGAUGGGACCGAGGCCUAUCACAAGAACACAGGCCCCAGCCCCAAACGUGGGGGGCCGGCACCAGCCCCCUCCCUCCUCCCUUCCAAACAGAGGACUUAAGUCUCAGCCCUCGGCUUGGCCGCCAUCUUUCCAGAGCUGGACGCACAUGAGGCAGAGAAGAACCUCUCUCAAAAAGCAAAAAGUAUUCUCUGGCUGAUCCAUGUGACCCUCGCUCAGUGUCUCCUCACCUGCAACCCCUCUGCUCGCCACUACUUGCCAGAAACCCGAGAUGAAAAGUGACACCAGCUCCGAGUGAUCUUGGGCAAGUCAGGUCUCUCUACAGACUGUCUGCAGAAGGAUGGCACUGGCUCAUUUAAAGAGUCAUCGAGCUCCCGUCUCUCACAGCCUCCAAUUCUGCCAAGAUGUGGAGAUCUGGAACCAAGGCCAUCCUGGCCUCCUGCGAGAACAGACUUGAUUAACCCCCAGUGCAGAUUCACUGAACCUCCUAGAAGGUCUGGGGUCAGGGGCCCAAGAGUUUUGAAACAAGUGCCCCAGGUGAUUCUGAUGCCCCAGAGAUUGAGAGCUGGUGGCUCCUGAGUAAGCCCAGGGAUCAGCGUUACCUAAGAUGAGAUAAUGGCUUCAGGUGGUCCUGCCAUCCCCGGUAUCUCCUGCCUCAGCCUCCUCCGUUGCCCAGUGCUUCAGCGCCCACUAGGCCUGAGAAAGAGACUUCUGAAGUCUACCCCACCCCACCUAGGUUCCCCAAGGCCCUGCCGCGCCCUGGGGAAUCAAGAGAGCAUUCGGUCCAAGGCUCCGUGGACAAAUGAUGGUCUUGGACAGAGGUCCACAAACCACAGUCUGUGGGCCAAAUCUUUAUUUUUGUAAAUAAAGUUUUAGUGAAAAACA